UCAUCUCGUUCCCCCAUCAUCAGGAGAGCAAAUAUACGCUCAACCCAAAAGAUGAAAGGGCAAAGAAUAUAAAGUAUGCGCAGGAUACGGAAGGCAGAAUUUAGAAAAGAGAAAAAGCGAGCCUAAAAGGAUAACAUUAUAACGCGAAUAGGUAGAGGAUGGCGGCGGCGAAAGAGUGCGUCUGCGCAGAGCUUCGCGAGCAGCGAGAGCUGAACGAAUGUGCCCCUCUACUCUGUACUCCUACGCCGUGGCUCCGCUCGCACAGCGGCGGCGGCGAGAGCGAGAUAAGCCCGGUUGAGCGACUCGACGAGACGCAGCCAGCUAGUAUCGUUCGCUCGCUUCGAGCGAGUGCUGCGUGCUGCCGCAUACGUAUAUUCUAUCUAUAUACAUACUGGCCCAUACACUCUUUCAUACACGCAGCGCAAAAUAUAUAGGUACACCUACCUUUACUACAUGUAGUUCUCUCUCUAGCCUCGCCUCUGAUUCCUUGGCGAGAGCUCGCGGAGCUGCCUCCCCCGCAACGCGCAAGCCUCAUCACUGCAGCGCGAGUAUUAGAGAGUGUGCAUACCGCGCGCGCACACACUGCUCUCGCUUCUGGCUGUGUGUAUAUUUUUGUUUUUCUACGCGGCGCGAGCCAUCUCUCUCUCUCUCUCUCUCUCUCUCUCUCCUUCUGCAGCAGUCAGUCCGCGGGCUGCCCCUACGACGAACGCAAGGUCCUGCGAAUUCGAGUUCGAUAUUUUUGUACGCCCCGUCCAAUGAGCGCGUAUACACAGUUGGUGCGCGGAGUGUGGUAUCGUGAAACGAGAUAAAUAGUGUUGUGUGCCGGCUGUAUAUAACUCUGCGGCAGGUAUAGCAUAGAAUUCGGAGAAGAGAGCAGCUGGCCAUCAGGAGUACCUGCACACCGUGUAACGUCCAUAGUUUUGAGGUUAUCCUGCGGGAGCUCAGAGAGGGCCGCAAGCUCCAGUGGCCUGCGGAGUCCUGCGUUACGCGAGAGAGUUACGUCAAGCUCUCGAUGCAGUAGCACGCCUGCUUCCCCUCGCGCGACAAAGAGAGCAAGAAAACAUAGGAGCUGCAGAGAUACAAAAGUCGAGUCCAGUAUAUAGGUAUAUAGUUCAAUAGACUGUGGUGUGCUCUCUCUAUCUCUAUCUCUCUCUCUCUCUCUCUCUCUCUCUCUCUCUCUCUCUCUCUCUCACGGCAAGAGUAUAGCUGUAUAACCAUAGCCAGAAGUGGAGGGAGAAAAGUGGGCGCGCAGUCGAGAGAUGAGACCUAAGCGAGGUCCUUCCGGGCCCGAAUUGGGUUACGUUAGCUCAGCGAGGCAUGCGGCCUGGCAACAGCGAGUCAACGCAUCACGGCCUUACCAGUAGGACUACUGAGCAUCAGUCGCUAUACUCCUCGCGACCGACUCCUGGUGAGACGACUACGACACUGUGUGUACGCGCCUAUUAGUCCUGGACUAAGUUAGUGUAUAUCCAGCAAAAAAGGAGGGACGCGCGCGCACGCACUGCACCCGCGCCGACGCUUUUAGCCGUCGCCGAUCAGCUGUUCUACCAGAGGAAGACACGACGCGACAUUUGUUUUCGCCCCCUCCCCUGUCCGCAUCUAAGCACGCAGGUAUACAGACUGGAAAUUUAAAAUCCAGACUACACUCCCGGGUGUACGUGAAGAUAUGCUCGUUAACAGUACGUUGACUCCAAUCGCGCGAGCUUCACAAUGUUCAUUACCUUUUUCGUCUCGUCGCUUUACACACACACAGCACUGCGACGCGCGUCGCAGAUGUUGCACCAAGCGGCGACUCGUCGUCUUAGCCGAGCGGAAGAUCGUCCAGUAGUAGUGCAGAGUAGCGGAUCCGUAUCAGGCUCAGCGCAGCCUCUCGAGCUUUCGAGUGGACGAGCCGCGGAGCCGAUGAGUGUCAACGAUGCUGUCGUACAUGGUUGCGCGGGAGGAGGACCAGCCGAGCUUCCGAUCCUGGCUGCAUCAGGCUGCCGCUGAGCAGGCCGACGACGAGGACAUCGUCAUGUUCGACGAGCUGGGCUCGCACGGGGGCCCGAGGCCCGGCUCGGCUGCGCCGCUCCUACCCCCCGGCGGGGAACAGGACAGCAGCCCCAAGCACAACGGCUGCCAGGUGCGAAAGUCGACGCUUCACCAAGCCAAGGUCAGCAAGGACGAGAGCCUCUACAGCAUCGACAGCGACGCCAGUACCGUCGGCAGCGAGCGCAAAAACAAGAUACUCAACGGGCCCAAACAUGCCAAUCUCAAGAGGGUGUCCUUCGGCUCGAGUAAGGGCUCGAUGGUCGAGACACUGGUGUACGAGACGCCGGUCCAAGAGGAGCCGGAGAUGAACCACUUUCUGGAGCACAACGGCCGGCUCCCGGCUCCGAUGAUACCAGUUCCUGAUACCGACGAAGGCCGAGAGAAGGUGCGAGUCUCGUUGUUAGGGCCUACUCCAUUUCCCUCGACGCCCGGAGUUCUUCUGCUGGAGGCGAUAGGACCCUCGGUGGACAUGAUGGCAGCAACCAGUCCCGCGGAGCUUCUAACUGCUCACACCGACCACACCAUUCCCACCUACCACACGCAAAUCAGCACCGACAGCGGCUGGGACAAUCCAUUCAGGCCGGACGGCGAUCUGUCGCGAGAAGCCGACGAGAUCGUCGAGCUGAUAAAGGGCGGCAAGCCGAUAACUCCGACACCCGGUCAGAAUGCGCCGGCGCUGCCUGGCUGCGAGAGGAAAUCGGCGACGGAGCUUGACUCCAGCUCGAGUCCACUUCUUGACUCGACGAAUGUGCGCUCGAGUGCCUCGCCGCGUCUCAACCAGGGUAACGGAAACGCCCACAGCACGCCGAUCAAGCCCUCCUCCGGUAGCCAGCAGCCCGUUAACGAAAAGAAUACGGCCACGGUCGAGGUGGGCAGAGUGACAGCGCAGGGCCCGGGCGACGCCUCACAGGUGGAGCACGUCACCCUCAAGAAGAAGCCCAAGUGCAAGUGCUGCGUUCUCCAGUAACUCACAGCCGCAUUCUUGAAAGCUACUCUCAGUCGACAACUAAUCUCACCACAGAGAUCGAUCGUGUGAAACGGCAAAUGGCUGGCUGAUGUUGCCUGCCUGUCUGCCGAAAAAAAUCUAUUGAAAUAUAUUGUAGAUAAUACGAGACAUACUCACACAGAGUCACUCACAGAGAUGAGAUGACGACCAUGAUGAUAAUAGUAGCUAAAGAUAGCUUAAGUGCUUUUACUAUUACGGUUAUUAUGCACCACGCGGGGAACGAACAACAACUCCUUUUUUCUCUUCCAGCGCAGCGCAGUUUUAACGAACUCUGAAACAAAGAAAAACAAAACCGAUACUGUAGGAAAAAGAUAUCUAUACACACCAAGUCGUCCAGUGAAGGAACCGAUAACGACUCACACAUGCACACAUAAACACACACACACACAUACACACAGACGCGCGUAUAUACACAGCAGUAUAAGAGCAGAUCUUGCGAUUUUUCGAGUAGACACACAAAAUGUCUCAAUUCUUGUAAAUAUGAUAUACUAUUGCGAUUUUAACGUAAAGAAAAAGAGAGAAAAGUGAAACCGAUGUUCAACUUUGCCAUCGCGAAGUCGCAAAGUUGUAUACCGGGGACAAACUGACCUGAUGAGUAAGAACAGAAAUAACAAACUGAAGCGUGAUGCCGUAGAGACGGAGGUAGCAAAUCCACUCUCCAAUUCAAACUAAUUUUUUAAACUUCUUCUACUUGCUUUUCCCAAAUACUGUAAGUGACUCGGAUUAUUAUCCUCUCUCUAUCUCUCUCUUUUUACUCUCCUUUGCUAGAAAAAUUAAAUGAAGAUAAAAUACAACAACAAGAUUGCUCCUCCGAACUGCGCUCUCCAAUUGCUGCUAGUGCACAAAUUAUAUGAUAAGACAGCAUAAUUUGCAGAAACUAGCUCGAGUUCUUAGGCAGCUGUCGAAGCGUUUUUAUUUUUCAAAUAAAAACGACCAUACUUCGACCAAUCAUGCAAGCUAUUUUUAGAUGAAGCCUGCACGCAGACCUUUUAUUAUUUUAUUUAUUGUCGCUACUUCGUUUUUAAUUAUUAUUUCCUUAUUCCUUAUUCUCUCGCCCCUCUCGCUCGCUCAUUUUUAUCAGAGAGAGGCUCAGGUGCAAGCGGUUAUCGAGUAUUUAAAUGCCCGCGGCGCGACGUGACGCGAUAAGUCCAAAGGAUUCUUAUCUCCUUGUUUUUAUUUUAUAUAAAUAUAUAUAAAUAAUAUAUGAUAGACAGUGACGGAGACGGCAACGAUGACGACGACGUAGAUGAUGAUUAUUAAUAUGAUGAUGAUGACGACGACUCGGUCCUUAAUCGACACCAUUAGAGCGCAUAAGUUUUCCGAUUUUACAAGAUUCUAUUACAAGUUAAAGGGCGCACGGGUAGGCGCCAGCCAAGUACGCGUGAUUUUCAAGUGUUGAUUAAGAAUGGAAUCGCAAACAUUGUUUAUAUAAUAUACCGCUGGGUUCCUCUUACAUUCAGUACCUACUUGUCCCGCAUCAUGCAUAAAUAUUAUAAAUAUACACAUGUAAAGAGUACGUGUACACAGACUGGCAUCGAUACAUACAUAACAUUAUAUAUAAUCUGAAGCUCUAUAUGUAUAUGUAUAUACAUAAAUGCCUAGGCUCUUUUUAAGCUGUCGGAUUUUUUAAUUACAUGUUCAGCGCGAUCAAAGUGCUUUUUUAGUUCGGCCGGUGACCAUGAUUUUUUAUUGUAAACUACCUAUAUAGGGUUACGAUUAUUACAUGUCUGUCCAGCGUGACAUUGGCCGAAAUUUGUGUUAAUUUGCCGACAAAGCGCUGCACUGCGUGUGUGUGUUUCCGUUGAUUUUUACAAUGCGGUCAAAAUGAUUGUUUUCGAUCAUUAUUGUAUCGUCGAUUGAUUUCAUAAUGAGAAAAAUUGUACAUUGAAUUGCAUAAUUUAUAGACACCGAGCCGAAAAUGCGAAUAGCAUCGACCCGUCGCAAUGAAGCUCGACGUGCUCUUCCACAGAUGCAUAUGUCGAGCUCAUUCAACGGAGACGAUAGUUCUUUUUUAGCGAGCAGUAUCAAAUCAAAGAUUUUUUACCGAUGAAACUCCUUGAAAUUUAGAAAACGAUUACACGCCUGCCGCUACUGCUACCUACCUACCUUUUUCGUAUAACGUAUGUAGUCGCGGAAACGAACCUGGUUUAUAUACAUGGACAAAAAAACGUGUGGGACAUGUAAUUACUGUUCAACAGUGUAAUGUGCGGAUAAUAAAGUGGCGCGAAUCGAUGGAUAGGUGAUUAUUUACUAUUUUAGACCUCUAAGUUCCCGCAGAUGUUAAGAUACUCGCAAAAAUAAAAAAAAAACGAAAAAAAAAUGAAAAAAAUAAAUAAACUAUUGUAACAUCUGUCCCGCGCAACUGUUGAUUCUGCUGAGCUUACGGAUAUUAAACGAAUAUUAAAUGUCUUGUUAAAAAAGAAAA